AUGAUUGGCGUCUUUCUGACGUUGACUGCGAUGAAGAAUCGAGAGGUACUAUCCUUGGAGUACCGGACACUAUCAGCACAAUACUUAUGGCGGCCAUACCUGCCAAAUCUACCCUCGAUAGUACACUCACCGUUCAAAAACCCCUCAAACACCACUCUGGAAAUCGAGAGUGGCAUAGUCCAUCAUGUGCCGCCAAGAUUGAAGAAGACUACACCAAACUUCCAUCUGCUGUUGCCAUCUGAACGCGAGACCCAUGGCUUCUGCAAAACAACACUGUCCGCAAUGCUCCUGGAUUAUCCUCCACCAACAACGAUUAAUUUGAUGGACGAUCUGCAGUCAGAUACUCAGUGGGAGUUGAACACCCUGAAUAGCACAUUGAACUAUUUGAGCAAUACCAGGCUCGUAAGAGAUGAAGAUCUGGUACUGAUCGUAGAUGGCCAGCAAUCAUGGUUCCAGCUCCCAAGUGAUGUGCUUAUCACACAGUAUAAGCGACUACUCGAAGAUGCAAAUUGGCGUUUGCUGGCAAGAUACGGAUUCAAUGCAGACGGGUACCAGAAGUUCAAUCAGACCAUCGUUUUUGGCGCCGAGAAGAUCUGCGUUGGGGAUGACAUGGCGUGCAGAUACGUGCCACACUCGAUCUUGCCAGACACUAUGUAUGGCGAGGAACAUGGCCACCGGAUUGCCGACAUGCCAGCCACUUUUAUCAAUUCCAAGAUGGUCAUGGGACCUGCAAAGGAUCUGAGAUUACUCUACGAAGCGGCUUUGACCAAGUUCAUGGCUGGCAGGACACAAUCACAAACAGUGCAGUCCGUCUUUGCCACCAUCCUCGGAGAGCAGCAAUUGCGGCGAGACGCCGUGGAUCCUAAGCCUGCAACUGGGAAGCUCAAGGACUUCUUCUUAAACUCCAAGAAGGUUGUGUCAUCUCAACAGGCUGCGGCGAAAUUGCACGACGGAACACAGCACGAGUUCUCCAUCGGACUGGACUAUCUGCACAUUCUCUUCCAGCCGUUACUCUACUGCAUAGAAGACGAGCUUGUCGCAGUAAGGCAUGACAACUCGACGGAUCUCUCCAUCCACCGUCACCCAGGCUCCGUGUACCAACGCCUCUCCCUCCCUGCCGCCCUGAACGGCAUGCACCCACCAUUUUGGCGCCCCGACCUCUUCAAGAACAAUCCUUCCCCCAAUGAGAAAGCUGCAUAUGUCAAUCCUCUCGAAUUCGAAGAAGACCUGGACAGGCUCCCCUCUCGCAAGACCUCCUGGCACAGAGUUCGCCUCGUCCAAAACACCUACACGGGCGCUGUUCCCGCCAUCCUGCUCAACAACAACCCCCUGUACUCUGGUGCUGAACGCCCACCCACUGCAAACAUAACAUGGGAGGAUCUCUGGUUCUCUCCCUAUAAACGCGCAUUGCUGAGAAACUACUUCCGAACGCCACAAUCCCCCACCGGAUACCACAACAGUCUUGUCGGCGGUGAUCGCGCCUGGGACAUGCGGGGCGGGCGCGGCGGCGUGUGGAAGGCCUCGACGGCAACAUGGUCCCCCUGGGGCGAAGCAGACGGUGUAUGUGGCACCCUCAGCCAACUCAAAGAAGUCUUCGAUGACGGCCGCGGGGUAUGGAUGCACGAGAAGGAAGUCACGAAUGAAGAGGACCGACUACAAUGGGAAAAGGAAGUAUCGGAGAAUACAAGGAUGCGAGAGGAGAAAUGGCAAAAACAUCUGCAGGAAGAUCAGGAGGAGGUGAUGAGGAAGGAAGAUGCAGAGUUGAAAAAGAAUGAAAGCCUUGAGGCCGAACUGAAACAGUUGCAGGCCGGUAGUGAUCAAGACAGACAUGCAGAGGACGAGGUCAGAGCCGAAGACGAAAUCGAAGAGCCAGAGGACGAGGUCAAAACUGACGAAGGAAUCGAAAAGCCCAAGGACCUGGCCAAAUUCGAGGAGAAGGACCAAGACGCCGACCAGGAUGCUAUAAAGGCCACAAAGACGUUAGAAGACUUCCUCUCAUCCCUUUCGGACGAAGAGCGCGCAGAAGCAGAGCGCCAGCGACACGCCGCAGACGAGGCGGUAGCUCGACGCAAAUCCGAGGAGGAGAGGCAGAAGAAAAAGGCAGAGACGGACGAUGAAAGCGAGGAAAAGAUGGGAAUGAAAGAUGAAGCCGAAAAGGAUGAAGACAAGCAGACGCAGACGGGGAAGAAGAAGGCCACCAGACGAUGGGUGUCUUGA